GCCAGCGUAAGUCUCUCGACGAGUUUCAUCAAAGUUGUCAGUCUUUAUUAAGUUGCGAGUGGCAAUUUUAUUGCGUACCUAGUGGAGUAUGAAUUGUGUUCGUAAGUGGUGGUCAUCUUUAGUGGCCAAAAAGAGGUAUUUUUGGUCUGACAAAGGACCAGGAAGUGAUUGUUUCUUGUGGCAAGAUGUGUUACUCCUCAUUGGAGGCAUUCAAAGUGAACUCACAUUGAAGUGGAACUGCGAGCGUUACAUUCGCUUCUUGGUAUCAUGUUUAUUUUUCCUACAAUCAUUUUUCAUUUUUGUAGUGCUUUGUAGUACCUUGCAGACCAAUAGAGACGAAAUGUUUAAAGUCGUUGUGGAGGUUUUGAAAUUUUCGGCCUUCUUAGUUGCUGGAUGCAAAUUGUUGUUGAUAAAGCUUCAUCGGAAAUCGAUCACCAAUAUCAGAACUUAUAUUAAUGAUGGACAAACUACAACCGGAGAUAACAGCUACGAUAGGCUCGAACUAACCAAUUUCAAGCAACGAUCCAUGACAAUGAUACGUUUCAUUUAUGGCUUAAUCUUCAUCGAUAUGGCUCUCCUUUCCAUACCAAACGACAUCACGGACAUGGCUUUUGAUAUACGAUCCGAUAUACAGCCUUUCAUGUCACAUGCGCGUAACAUUUAUCGUUUACUCUUCAUAACUCUUUUGCCAGUUGGAUUCUUGCCGAAAUUUUUCAGCAGCAUGGCGACCGUUGGAACCCUUCUAUUGGGAAUGCAAGCCAACUUUAAAGUUUUAGCCAACCGCUUUCAUUCGAUUUUGAGUCAACCGUUUGUUAUCAAUGGAACUGACUGGGAAAUGAUAAAUCAUGAGUUGAAAGAUACUGUGAAACAUCAUUUGGAAUUUUGGCGACACUUCAAAGCCUUAAAGAGCUUAGUCGGCGAAACAUUCUUUCUUGUUCAUUAUUUUUCAAUCAUGAGUAUCGGAGCAUUGUGCUAUAUUUGUCAAGAUAUUGGAGUGAACUUUUUGUCAUUUGUCGUUUUGGCUACACUGGCAAUGUUUCUUGUAGAAUACUACAUGUUUUGCCAUUUUGUUGAUUCCUUUCAAGAUAUUGCUAACUGUAUUGGCGAACAUAUUUUCCAGAUUGCUAUUCUUAUGCCCCACAACCGGAAGAACCACUCACAUUACAUUGGUUUCCGAACAGCGUUGAUGAUAAUCUGGCUGAACACGCGUCGUGGAGUCUCCAUGGACUGCAUGGGGUUAUUUAACAUUUCAACUGUAGCUUUUCUGCAUGUGCUGAACAUUGCUUACACAGUGCUGACAUUUCUUAUUCAAAUGAGUCAACUCUAAUUAGGAAUCUAAAUAUGUACAAUCAAUUCGAAUCAGUUUGAGAUAUUAUCAAGGUAGGAAAUAUUAAAUCCGAUGUGUCAAUUAUCAAAACUAGGACACUAAUUUUAAUAUUACUUUUCAAUAAACAUUGAACAUAUUGCAAAUAGUUGCACGU